CUCUCGCCCUCGACUCAGUAGCAUACGCCAGCGGAUUUAUACAGAGAUACCCUCGGCUUCGGAACUUGGGCGCAAACGUGCACCGCACGUGUCCUACACGAUCACGUUCGGGACCGAUUCAGAGUGGCGGCUGCUUUGUUCGUUCUUUCUUCCACACGGCGACGACAGUGAAUACCACCACGCAUUCCGUUGCUCCACUCGCGCGCGCCGACAGGAAGUGCCUUUCAGCUGAUACCUUCACUGCCCACCAGCGAAGUCACACAAUGCCAGGGCCAGUCAUCGACAUCAUCUCGUCCCCAGAACCCGAGGACGUGCCCAUCAGAGGCGGCGCAAAGGUAGCCCAACCAAUCAUAAUAGCAGAUUCUGACGACGAGGACGACGUGCUCCUUACGCCGCCGCCGCGUCCUCGCAAACGAUCGAAACACCUAGCGCGCACCGGGAAACGACCGCGCCCCCUUCGCCACACGCACGCGCAGGAGUCAUCCGACAACAUUGCCGGGCCUAGCGACAAAGGCAAAGGGCGCGCGACAACACCCUUAUUCCUCCCAGGCGAGGAGGAGAACGAGCCGCCGUCGAGCCCUCAGCGCGCGCCGAUCACCCCUCCGCUUCGCGCCACCCCCACCCCUCCACCCACCCUCGAUCAACCACGCCCAGUCACCCCCGACCCGCAGGAGGUCAUGUCCGCGCAAGUCGCGCAGGUCCUCGAGAUCAUCCCCGACGUCGAGCCCGCGCACGUCCACGAGCUCGUCGAGCGCCACUACGCGCAGUACAAGGGACAGACGCUCGAGGCCGUCCUCCACAUCCUCUUCGAGGACAAGUCGUACCCGAAGGUCGACCCCAAGGGCAAGCGGAAGCGCACCGACGCGGACGACGAGGCGGAGCGGCGGGGGAGCAAGAAGGCGAAGGGAGUCGACUACGCGAGCAUCUCGCGCGACGUGCCGACGGGGCCGUACUACUACGACCUGGCGAUGGAGCAUCUGCAGCAGGACUUUCCUUACAUUCCCAAGCCGCACAUACGCUCGUGGUUCAAUCGGUGCCACUUUCUGUAUGCGCCCGCGUACCUCGCGCUCGCCGAGGAGGCCAAGCAGCCGAAUCCGCCCUACACGCGCAAGUCCAACCCGUACCGCCCGGGCAAAGGCAAGACGCCGGAGCGCUUCGACGCCGACUUCGAGCAGGAGCGCGCGUACAUCCUGCGCAUCCGGCGGGAAGAGCAGCAGAAGCGGGACGCCGAACUCGCGGAAGAGCUGAUCGAGAAGCAGGCCGAGGAAAGCGGCGAGGUCAUCGAGUGUGGCUGCUGCUUCACAUCGUAUCCUUUCUUCAAAAUGAUCCAAUGCCCCGACGCGCACCUCUUCUGCAAGGAUUGCAUGCUCAGCUACGCGGAGACCAAGCUCGGCUCGCACGACGUCAAGAUCAGCUGCAUGGACCAGAGCGGGUGCAAGGAGCUCUUCCCCGAGUCCGAAUUGCGCCGCUUCCUGCCGGAGAAGCUCAUGAACCUGUACGACCGCGUCAAGCAGCGGAAGGAAAUCGAGCAGGCGGGGCUGGAUGGGUUGGAAGAGUGCCCGUUUUGCGACUAUAAGGUCGUCAUAGACAAUCCGGACGAGAAGCUGUUCCGGUGCGGGAAUGUGGAGGAUUGCGGUGCGGUUAGUUGCCGGAAUUGCAAGAAGCUGGACCAUCUCCCGAAGACAUGUCAGGAGAUGGAAGAGGACAAGAAGCUCGACAGUCAGCAUCUAGUAGAGGAGGCGAUGUCCAAGGCUCUCGUGCGCAACUGCCCCAACGCCCAGUGUGGAAAGCCCUUCAUCAAGGACGAUGGGUGCAACAAGAUCGUCUGCACGAACUGCCGCACCUUGUCGUGCUACAUCUGCCGCAAGGUCAUCGCCGGCUACGACCACUUUAAUCAAGCGGCGCCCGGGACUGCCAGCACGUCGAAGAAGUGCCCUCUGUGGGAUGGUCCCGUCGAGCGUCGGCAUGCGGAGGAGGUCGGCGAAGCUGCCAAACGCGCGCUGGAGGAGUACAAGAAGAACAACCCCGACGCGCGCCCCGAGGACAUCAAGGUCGACGUCCCGAAGGCGCCGCCGGUGCAGCCGCCCAUCUUUCCCGCCCCGCGCGGGCACGCUGCUUACCUUCCUGGUCACCAACUUCCGGGGAUGGCGGGCUUCGGCUUGGGUCUGCCGCCGCCAGCGCCCGUGCAGCCCCAGCCGAUGUGGGGCGAAGCGGACAUGCUUGGAUAUAUGUUGGCCGGACCUGCGUAUCCGGCGCAGGGCGCGGGUCCAGCAGCCGUGGCACAGCAAGCGCGCGCAGACGCUUUUGCUCGACAAGCGCGGGCGGACGCCUUGGCGCAGGAAGCGCGCGCAGAUGCCAUGGUGCAGCAAAUACGCGCGGACGCAUUGGCGCAACAAAUGCAUGCGCGGGCUGUGGCGCAACAGAUGCAAAACCGUCAUCAAGCGCUUGCCCGUCACCAACUGGCACAGGCGCGUCAACAAGCGGCGGAGGCUCGCCAGUUAGCGGCGCAGAUUCGCCAGCAAGCGGCGGCGGACGCAUUGCGGGACAGGGCGUUUGGCGCUGGUGUGGCCGCGCAGGUGGGGCAUAAGCGGAGGAGGCGGUGAAAGGUUGGAGUUUUAGCUUUGGGAUGCGGUCAAAUUCUUGGAACAUCGUAAUCUCACUGACAGACUAGCUGGGUGUCCUGAGUGUCGACAUGCAUAGGCUCCCAAUAAGUUACGCACAGACCACAGAUCUACCUUACUAUAUAGCUCAAACAAUUUCGACUUGAAAAUUCACAGCACGGGCUGUUG